AUGGUGCCAGAGUGGAAACGCGAACUGGGACAAUGGGAACAAAGAGAGACCAAAGACAAAGCUGUGGCCAGUUACGUGAAGGCCUACUGGCAAGAUCGUGCUGGUGCUGAGUAUCUAGUUCCGAAUUUUCAACUUACCGAAUACGUGGAACAACUCCAGAACACCGUAAACUGGAUCAAUUCUCACUUACAAACACGAAACUUAACAGCAAUCACGGUACAAUGGCGUACAGCAGGGGAUUCAGAUAAUGAGGAUCUAUUUCAAUUAGAUGAAGAAAUAAAUGAUGUAAGAUCAAAAUUAUUGGAAUGUCAAUCGAAAUGUGAGAGUACGGUAUCGAAGAUUUAUGAUGUCAAUCAACUAAAAGAUAAAGGAACAUUUGUUUUAAAAGAUGUUACAAGAAAAUAUAGUAAACUGGACGAGGAAUUAUAUGGAAUCCAUUGCAAUUAUGUCAAAUGUGCAGAAAAGAUCAAUUCUUGUGAAGAAUAUGUUAAUCAAAAAAUUGAUGCUCUUACAUUGCAACGAGAUAAUUUAAAGAAAGAAUUAUCGGAAUUAAAAACAAAAGCAGAAGAGAAUGACAAACAGUUGAUGGAAAUAAAAAAAAUGAUCACAAUUCAAGAAAAGAAGAAUACAGCACUAAUACGGAAACUAAGAAGACUAGUAGAGAAUACACACAUACCACCAAACUUAGAAGCAAAAGUAAUUGCGAUCCUAAAUGAUCCUAGAGUUACUAAUACAAAAAUUUCGAAGCAAUAAAUCAUAUAGUACAAUGCACUAACAU